AGGCAGCAUCAGACAAAUUGGAGAGCGCCAGUUGUUGUUCCUCCUCGGAUCUCUCUCCUCUAUCUGCUGCUGGCUACUGCUGCUGCCGCCGAUGAUGCUGGGUCGUUGUUGUUGCUACUGUUGUUGUUGUUGUGGGAGCAAAAUAUUUUAACGCAAUUAGAGUCGGAGCAUCGUCGUUGUCGUCGCAUCACGGCCAAGAGCCAGAGCCAGAGCCAAAGCCAGAGCAAGAGCGAACGCGCACGCAGACGGACACGGAGCUCGGAUAAAUCGCAAGUAACGAGAAAACUAGAAAAAAAAGAAGCCCAAGAAUAGAAAAACGGUUUAUGUGUGGAAAAAAAUUAGUUUGCUAGCAGGGCUGUCACCGGAAAGUGUAAAAACAGUGUGACCAGCAAAAAAAAGACCUGUGCAGACUCAAUUAACUGUGAAAACCUGCUGCUUGCAAAGACAAAGCCACGCACUAACACACACACACUAACGCAAAGUGAGAGUGUCAAGGAAGGAAAGAGAGGGGCAUAGUGAAAGAUAGAGAGGUGAAGGUGAAGCUGAAGGAGAAGCGCGAACAAUUUGUUGAAUACGUCGGCACCGUCACAAAAGAACAAAAAGCGAAAGUGAACUCGAGCUCUCGAACUCGAACCAAAUGCAAAUUGAACUUAAACGGCAAAUAGUCCUUUAAUUUUACCAAAGUGCAGGCUAAAACAAAACUCUGAUCAAAUAAAACUAACUAGCUCCAAAGAGAAAGUUCCAAGCGAGGAAAAAAAAAACGGGAAAAAAGGGAAGAAAAUUGGCGGCGCAAAAGUUAAAAGGAGGGACAAAGGCGAUUAAGCAGCUUGCCAAGGACGAGGACCAACAGCGCGAAAGAUAUUUCCACACACGAGCAGACAGCCAGAGCCAAAGGAUUGGAUAUUGGAGACGGGGACACGGACGCUGAAAUCGCAGCUCUAAUAGAGCAGAGGCCAACACGUUCGGUGUAUAAUAUUUGAAAUCAAAGCGUUAGGGUCCAACCAUGACGACGCUGCACGUGAAUCAGAAGCUCAACAUGCGCACAACGGCUGUCAAAAUGAAAAGGACACGGCAUUCAGCAUCCUGUCCUUCCCGGAGUGCUCGUCUUCGACUCCGUCUAAGCUACAGCCACUGCUGCCACAACAUUCACAGUCACAGUCACAAUUUCAAUCGAAAUCCAAGUCCAAAUCCAAAACCAAGUCACAGUUCGAUUCCCAUGGCCGGAAAGUGUCACAAACAACCGGAAACUGGCCGGGCCAAUUGAUGCUGAGGACAUCAAGAGCAAGGCCAAGGAGUCAGCUGACACAAACUAAGAUAAUUCAAUCGCGUUUUCUACAUAUUUACGGUUUACUUUGCCUCGGUUCCUUGAUGGGUUGCAUUAGAACUAUUUGCGCUUCAAUUGUGCAGCAAACGGUUGCGGAAGCGGAUGGAGCAGAUAAAGAGCGGGAAGCGGAACCGGAAACGGGCGCAGGAGCAGGAUCAAGAGGAGCAGAAGCUAAAAGGAGAGCGGAAACAAAAGCGGAUGCGGAAGCGGAUGCCCGCAUCAUGGCAACGGGAAUUUGCAUUAUAAGACUGAUAACAUUAAAGAGAUUUCUAGAGAUUUCCACAACCGACGAACACAAUCAAAGGCGCCAGCAAUCAGCAACGUCAGCUGGAGUCACCAGCCCACGGAGUAGGAGGAGACAUCCCCAUCCACACCCGGGACAUCCCGGACAUACAGCCAACCAUCAUGCAGCAGGACACCCAGGACACCCGGAGGCGUGCUGGCGCCACCAGCUGACGCCGAGCACACUGCUAAUGCUCCUGCUGCUCACCAGCCUGUGGCCAGAUUGCUGCGACUGCCUCCAUGGUGGCAGUAACACCGUCAAGACCAAGUACGGUCUGCUGCGGGGGAUUGUGGUGCGCUCGUCGCCGUUGGUGGAGGCAUUCCUGGGCAUUCCCUACGCCUCGCCGCCGGUGGGCAGUCUCAGAUUUAUGCCCCCCAUAACGCCCUCUACGUGGAAAACGGUUCGCAGCGCGGAUCGAUUCUCGCCCGUCUGUCCGCAGAACAUCCCAAUACCGCCCAACGGGCCGGAGGCGUUGCUCGAGGUGCCGCGCGCCCGCCUCGCCCAGCUGCGGCGCCUGUUGCCGCUGCUCAAGAACCAAUCGGAAGACUGCUUAUACCUAAAUAUCUAUGUGCCCUACGAGACGCGCCGCCAAAGACGCAACAUCGAUGAUACUAACGGCGAACCGAAAACCAAACUGUCCACUGUGGUAUUCAUACACGGCGAAUCCUACGACUGGAACUCAGGGAACCCCUACGACGGCUCCGAGCUGGCCGCCCACGGCAAUGUCAUCGUCGUGACAAUCAAUUUCCGUCUUGGAAUCUUCGGAUUCCUCAAGACCGGCGGCAAGGAGAGUGCCCAAGGUAACUUUGGGCUAAUGGAUCUGGUGGCGGGCCUGCACUGGCUCAAGGAGAACCUUCCGGCCUUUGGCGGAGAUCCGCAGAGCAUCACACUUCUGGGCUAUGGCACUGGCGCUGUUUUGGCCAAUAUACUGGUGGUGUCACCCGUGGCGAGUGAUUUAAUUCAACGCACGGUUCUGGUGAGUGGAUCGGCCCUGUCGCCGUGGGCGAUUCAAAAGAAUCCACUUUUUGUGAAGCGGCGCGUGGCGGAGCAGACGGGCUGCCAUGGCGAUAUGUUGUAUGAUGACUUGGCCCCCUGCCUGAGGACGAAGAGUGUGGCCGAGUUGCUGGCGGUUAAGGUUGACCACCCAAGAUUCCUGGUGGGUUUCGCUCCAUUUGUGGACGGAACUGUCAUAUCGCCCGGCGCCAAUCCCCUGGGCAGCACCACGCUGCCCCUGGGUUCAGCUAUUGUUAGUACUUCAGGAAUUGAAUAUGCAAACUUUCCGAAACGAGACCUCAUUUUCUGCCUUACAUCUGUGGAGUCCUAUUUGGAUUUGAGUGCCCAGGACUUGGAGUUUGGCUUCAACGAAACGCGACGGGAUCGCAUCCUGCGUACUUUUGUGCGCAACAAUUUCCACUAUCAUCUCAAUGAAAUAUUUGCCGUCUUAAAGAAUGAGUACACCGACUGGGAAAAAGCCAUACGUAAUCCCUUGAGCUCCCGCGAUGCCACAUUGCAGUUUCUGAGCGACGGACACACGGCUUCCCCUCUGAUUAAAUUGGGCUACAUGCACAGCUUGCGCGGAGGACGAACCUACUUCCUGCACUUUAAACACAAAACCAUUGAGGAGGAAUACCCACAGAGAACCGGCUCUGUGCGAGGUGAGGAUGUGCCUUUCUGGUUGGGUCUGCCCAUGUCCCCGCUGUUCCCCCAUAACUACACCACCCAGGAGCGACAAAUUGGACGACUUAUGCUACGAUAUCUAUCCAACUUUGCCAAGACUGGUAAUCCCAACCAAUCCACUGUAAGGCCGACUUUGGCCAUUCCAAGCGAGGAAUUAGAUAACUCCCUGCACCAGCAGAAGAAACGCUCUACCGGUCUAACCCAUCCCAACCUCAGUGAAGCCCUGAACCUGGCAGUCCUCUACAACCAGCGUCGGAGCAAUGCCAUGCAUGAAAGGAGAUCCUAUAUCCGGCGAAGACUGCGGAGCAACGAUGCUUCCUUCACCCAGCUGGGCAUCUCAAGCGAAAGGGAUGUGGGCAGCUACGAUGGCGAUGAGCUUCCCUUUUGGGAUGCCUACGAUGUUGUUAACCAAUUAUACGUGGAACUGGGAAACAAGGCCAAUAUUCAGAGUCAUUACCGGGGUCAUAAGCUGUCCAUGUGGCUGAACCUCAUCCCUCAGUUACAUCGCCACUUCAACAUCAAUGACCAGUCCAUGAGGCAUCAUCAGUUCCAGGACGACAUGAACAACAGGGAUCUCUACGAAGGUGUUGUCCGUCCGCAACUUCAAACAAAACCGGCUGAAGAUGAGCACAUCAUCAUCACGCAAAGGAGUAGGACAUCAACAACAGCUCCACCACCUCCUAAGGACACCGCUUCUAACGCCACUCAGACCCUAAAUCCUUCGGCCACCGGAGCCACCACUACCACAACUGAUUGCAACAUCGAUGGGGCCAUGUCCGUGUCCGAAUUAACAACCACCCAAUCGCCGAAGGACAAUCAGACUGGGCAUGUUCGGGUGGAAACUCAAAAAGAUCUGGCCACUGCAUCCACGGGGAUAAUUGGCAACCUGGAGCUGCUGAGACGCCUGGGGGGCAAACAGUUCCAGAGCUAUACGACCGCACUAAUAGCCACCGUAGCCGUGGGCUGUUUCCUGCUCAUCCUCAACGUUCUGAUAUUUGCCGGCAUAUACCAUCAGCGCGAGAAGCGGGCCAGAGAUGCCAAGACCAAGGAGGAACUGCAGGAGAGCGACACCAGCAAAAACUCCAGCAUGUUGAAGCUGAAUGCUUUGAUCAGUGGUGGCGGCGGAGGAGGCCAUGGAGCCGGGGACAUGGCAGAUGCCUACACGCUCAGUGGCUCGAUAGUGGACAGUAAGGGUGGCGUGGGAGUGGUUUUCGGGGAGUACAGCUGCUACGAUGAGAAAACUAAGCAGCUAAAGGAAGAGAAGCUGUUGGUGGAGCUUCCUCCAGCUUCCUCUUCGGGCCAGACAUCCCUCAUGAUGGACUCUUGGGGACCUUGCUCCUCGAGCACAUUAGAUCUGUUGAAGAACAAGCCAGGGGAUCCCAUCGAGCUGGUCACCUACAACACUCUGCCCACGGUGAUGGAGUCCACAUCAGCACUAAGCAGCAAGCGGGGAUCUUUUGUGGAUGCCACACUGCAGUUCAACUGUCCCCAGCAAUUUGAUUAUGCGGUUCAGUCCUCGGAUCAGAUGUCCUUCAAGGCGAUAGAAGAGGCCGUCAAAGCGGCAGCUGUAAAUGAUUCGGAGAUCACCCGAGAUGAUGAUAUUCCCGAACCGCCGCCACCGCCAAGGUCCUUUAUUGCCGCCCAGCAACAGCAGCAGACGGGCAUCCUGCGGCAAACAGGAGCGGCGGGCAGCUCGAAUACGGGAUCGGGGAAUAGCAGCGGCAAAAAACGUGUACAUAUUCAGGAAAUCUCAGUCUAGCAAGCAUAGCCCAUCUAGUAGCCUUAUUUAAUGUCUCCUUCUGCUCAGUUACUCUGCCGAUCUUUGCCAACUAGGAUUGGCCACACACGCCAUUCUGAGAGGAAUCUCCCAUGGAAACUACUCGGUUUCACACAAAAUAGUUUAUGUUUUUAAGAUAAAACUAAAAUGUCUUUUGGAUUCGAAACAAACUACAACGUGUGGUGACCUAUUCGAGUUUGCGAAACUCGGCUUCUUUUAUUUUUCUCAAUUGAUUCGUAUUUUCAUUCCCACUGCCUUCAACUUCUAUU